AUGUCGGCCCUCCCCUUGAAGCCGGGCCUUCGCCACAGCGUCUCCGAGUGGAGCAGCAACAACCACCAGCUGUCCACCACCGCUCAACACGAGCGGCACGUCUCCACGGUGACCCGACAGGAAGGAAGGUCGCUCCGCAACGAGACCAACUGUCAGACGGCGUGGGAUGAGAGCGAAACGUCCCGCAGGCUCAGCGACCGGGUGUGGGACGUGUCUCGGUGGAGGGACGUGCUGGACGCCUGCGCGCAGAAAGUGGACGAGGAGCUGGAGGUUCUGACCCGGUCCAAAGAGCAGACCGAGCUGGCUCUGGCCGCCACCGCCGUCCCUCUGGAGGUCAGCACCGAGUGCCUGGCGCUGAGGGAGGGCCGGCGCGGGUACGAGCUGGUUCUGGACCCGGUGGACGAGCAGCUGAAGAAGGAGGCGGAGCUUAUUGUGGGGGUGCAGCAACGCCUGCAGCAGCACAUCGAUGAGGCUUUUGAGCAGCUGUGCGUUCUGCAGGAGGUCCGGCACCAGCUGACCUCUGACCUCCAGAACAAGAUGGAGGCUGUGGACAUCGACAUGUCCUGCCUGUCGCUCACCACCAAGUCUCCCCACAUCUCGCUGAAGCCCAACCCAACCCGGAUCCCCUCAGGGUCCUCCACCCCCCAGGAGUGGGCCCAGUUCAGCCAGGUCAACGUGACCCGAGCCCACGAGGCCAUGCAGGCGUCCCAGCAGCUCCGAGAGGACACGAGUCUCAGCAGAGCUCAGAUCCAGAACGAGCUGGAGGCCCAACGCCGAGCCACAGACUUCGCUCUCCGGAAACGGAUCCACGGCGAGGAGCAGGCCCGAGACCAGCUGCAGUGGCAGGUCCAAACGACUGAAGAUGAGAUGUCCGAGAUGGAGGGCGACAUCCGGGGGCUGGACUCAGACCUGCAGGCCAAGGCGGCCUCCCUGAAGCUGGCUCACACCCGGCUGGAGACCAGGACCCGCAGGCCCGGCGUGGACCUGUGCCGGGACGAGGUGCAGCGCGGCCUCGUGGCUGAAGUCCAGCAGCUGGAGUCCUCGAUCCAGACUCUGAGGCAGAAACUGUCCGAGGCCCGACUCUCCCUGCAGAAGAUGAGGCUCCAUCAUGGCCGCAUGCUGCAGGACCUCUCCAGAAAACUGGAGGCUCUGUCUCUGGAGCAGCGCAGCCUGAACACCCGGACCCGCCUCGCGCCGACCUCCGGAACCACCGAGAGCGCCGCGGCGCCGCUGGUUCUACUCACGAACUCCAGUGGGAGGAGCAACCUGCAGCUGCUGGCGCAGUGA